GGAUUUGACUCUGCAAGACUUUUUCUCGGUUGUGGGGUGUUAGACGCUGCGCCAGAACUUUCAGGGCCUUUGUUGGAGGCCCUUUACGCCGUGGAGUAAGGAGCAAUGGUUGGAUUCUUCUUUUCAACUUAUUUAAAAAUUUUUAAAUGUUGAUUGAGUAAGAAACAAUAUAGAACAAAAUGAGUUGGGCUUUAGAGGAAUGGAAAGAUGGUCUAUCUACCAAAGCCCUUCAAAAAAUUCAAGAGCUUGAAGGACAACUAGACAAACUAAAGAAAGACAGGCAACAAAGACAAUUUCAGCUGGAAUCCUUGGAGGAUGCCCUGCAAAAGCAGAAGAAGAAGGUUGAAGAUCAAAAAAAUGAAGGGGCCACCCUCAAAAGGGAGAAUCAGAGCUUGAUGGAAACAUGUGAUAAUUUGGAGAAAAUGAGGCAGAAGAUUUCUCAUGAGCUUCAAGUCAAAGAGUCACAAGUGAAUUUUCAGGAAGGACAGCUAAAUUCAAGCAAAAAGCAAAUAGAAAAACUGGAACAGGAACUUAAAAGAUAUAAAUCUGAACUUGAGAGAAACCAAUUGGCAUUGUUGCCAGGAGAUGUCUCAACACUAAACAGUACACCACAGAAGAGUUCUGCUCCUCCUGUACAAUCAAGUCAUCAAAGUGUUUCCAGGUAUGAAGAACUACAAGAAAAAUAUAAUAAAGAAGUUGAAGAACGAAAAAGGUUAGAGGAAGAGGUUAAAGCUUUACAAAUUAAAAAAGCAAGUAAGACAGUUCCCUCAAACAAUAUGAGUCACAGGGAAAUUGCUCGGCAUCAAUCUUCUUCAUCAGUAUUCUCAUGGCAACAAGAAAAGACACCUACUCGUCAUUCAACUAAUGCUCAAGAAACUCCCUUUAGGAGAGGUUUUACAGCCUUACAUGCUCCAUGGGAACAGGAAACAACACCUAAUAGGAUGCCAAGUUGGCAAGAUACUAAUUGUAGUUUCCAUGAGAACCCUAGUGAUCCUCACCUGCUGGAUCAGAUAAAAGUCCAGAACCAAGAGUUAAGGUGCAAAGUUAAUGAACUGGAACAUCGACUGCAAGGACAAGAAAAAGACAUAAAAGGACACAUGAAUAAAUGGCAAGAAACACAGCUUCAUCUAGAGAAAACAAAAUUGGAGUUAGCGGAAAAAGAGAAAGUUUUGAACAAAACCAGAGAUGAACUGAUGAGAUUAACCACACAAUUUGAUCAGGCAACAGCCAAGUGUACAACACUGGAGCAAAAACUGAAAAAAAUUUCUGAAGAUUUGAGUUGCCAAAGACAGAAUGCAGAAAGUACCCGAUGUGCUUUGGAACAGAAAAUCAAGGACAAAGAGAAGGAGUAUCAGGAGGAACUCUCUCAUCAGCAACGUACCUUCCAAAUGCUGGACCAGGAAAGCACUCAGAUAAAAACAAAACUAAAUCAAGAGUUACAACAAGCCAAAAGCACUCAAAACAUAUUACAAGCUGAACUUGAUAAAGUGGUAGCAGUGAAACAGCAACUAGAGAGAAAUUCAGAUGAGUUUAAGCAGAAGCUCUGCAGAACUGAACAAGCAUUACAGACAAGUCAGACAAAGGAAAAUGAGCUGAGGAAGAACCUGGAGGAAAUGAUGCAGGAAAAACAGCUCUUCAGUCAUCAGUUAGAUAAAAGAACAAGAGAAGUCUGUCUACUGGAGGAAGAACUCAAGAAAACUAAAUAUUGUCUAAAGCAGAAUCAGAAUCUUGCAGAAGAAAUGAAAGAUAAGAAUGCUACUCAAGAGGAAACUUUAAAAGCUCUUCAAGAAAAAGUUGAUCAACAGGAAAAGUCUUUCAUUUUAGAAAAACUGAAGCUUGCAGUAGCUGAUCUAGAGAAACAACGGGAUUGUUCUCAAGAUCUUCUGAAAAAAAGGGAACAUCAUAUUGAACAGCUAAAUGAAAAAUUAAGUACAACACAGAAAGAGACAGACGAAUUACUGAGUACCUUGGAAUUAAAGGAGAAGGAAUGUGAAAGCCUCAAAAAAGAGACAAUUAUAUUUUCUCAGUGGAAAAAUGAGAAAGAAUCACUUUUGAAUCAGCUUUUGUUAGAAAAAGAAGGUUUAGAGAGCAAAAUUAAUCAUUUGGAAUUGUGUCUGAAGACUCAGCAGAUGAAAAAUCACGAUGCCAAUGAAAGCUUCAAAAUAAUGGAAACUGAAAAAGAAAACUUGGGCUUGGAGAUCAUAAAACUUCAGAAUGCAAUAGAAGUAAAAAGUAUAGAAUUAGAAGCACAGAAAAGAGCCUAUGAUGAACUUCAGGAAAAAUCUGAGUGCUCAGAACAGAAAUAUAAAAAGGAAAUAGAAAAUCUUUCUUUGAAAAUAGUUCAGGUAACUGAGGAAGAUGAACACCUGAAACAAAAGCUACAAUUGAUAGCCAAUGAAAUCGUGGAGAAAGAUCAGCGUUAUGAAGAAUUAUGUAUACAAUAUGAAAGGAUCAAUAGUCUAGUAAAAUCCCAAAAUAUUUCUCAGAUGACAAGUGAUGAUCACUGUGGGGAUCUUUUAAUGUUUGAAGAACCAGUAAUGAACAAUUCUGUUACAAAUAUACUUGAAAUUCAAGGAAGCUUACCUUUAGAAAGGGAAAGUCAAAAAAUUAAGUUAUGUUCAAGAGAUGAGAGUCUAAAAAGUGCCGCUUUACCACAGCAUGAAGUUUCUUCAUUUGAGUUUUCAGUAGAGUCUCAAAAGCAGAUGAAUUCAGACUCACAAAAACAUUGUGAAGAGUUGGUACCAAUCAAAGGUGAAAUAGAAGAAAAUCUUUUUAAAGCAGAACAUAUGCAUGGAUGUUUUGUGAACAAACAGUUUCAAAUGCUGAGUGAACAAGUAGAAUCUGGACAAGUAGAGGAUGAAGAUUUAAAAACCAAUAAGCUUUUAUUUGAAAAGUCAGUAAAAGAGCUACAAUUGAUGUCUGAAACUCUGAAUUCUGAAAAAAAAGAAAUUAAUUCAGUUCUCUUUCAAAACAAGAAAGAAAUUGAAGAACUGACCCAAGAAAAUCGCAAUCUCAAGGAAAUUAAUGCAAUUUUAAAUAUUGAAAAAAUGAACUUAAUACAAAAAAAUGUCGACUUUUCAAACUGCUUGAUUCAAAAAGAGAAUAAUUUUUCAGAGUUAUCUGAUAGAAAAAUGGAGGAAAAGCUUCUUUUGGUAAAGAGAUGUGAAGAAGCUGAAAAGGAACUUGAACUUCUUAAAGAAAAAUACAAAUCAUUGGAGAAAAAGAAUACUGAAAUGGAAUGUAUCCUAAGUGACCAUACUCUUACUCCUUGUGGAGACAGAAAUAAUGAAUUAAAAGACCUGGAAGGAGCUUUUGCAAGAGAACGUGAAGAUUACAUAGGCAAGCUAGCUCUAGCUGAAGAAAAAAAUGAGAAAUUAAUUUUUGAGAUGGAGACAAUACAGUGUGGACUGAGAACUGAGAAUGCAGCCAUUCAAAAUAGUUCAAAGAUUGAAGCUGAUUGCUUAAGACAAGAAAUUUCAGAUUUCAAGCAUGAACAAAACAAAAUACAAGAACAAUAUCAUGACUUGCUUCGAGAGAAUGAUCGACUGAUGAAAUUAAUUAAGGCAAAAGAUGUACAAAUGAAUACAUUGGUUCUUACUGGCAGUUCAGCUUCUGCACAAAUCAGUGAGUCUGUAAAUCAAAAUGAAAAUGAAUCAGAUAAUUUUAAGAUGAUUAAAGUUGAAAUGUUUCCUAUAAAUCUUGAUGCUAAAGACAGUUCUUUAAAUACUUGUAAUCCACAAGUGGUACGACUUGAGGAAGUUAUUAAACAUAUGGAACUAAGACUUAAAGAAAGUGAAAAAGAGAAAGAGUUCUUACAGAAAGAAUUAGAAAUGAUUAGGAAAGAGUUAGAAAUUAGGGAUUCAAAGAUAAUGGAAGGUAAGCAAUAUGACCAGUCAUUUGAAACCAAUAGUUAUGAGGAUUGUAAAAGAGAAAUGGAUGAAAAGUAUAUUUCAGUUCUACAUGAACUAUCAACAAGCCAAAAUGAUAAUGCACAAUUGAUGACGUCAUUGCAGGGAGCAGCCAGUAAACUAAAUGAAUUAGAGAAAAUGUGUGAGAUUCUUCAAAUUGAAAAAUUAAAAUUAACAUCUGAGCUGAAUGAUUCAAAAUCGGAAUGUAUCUUAGCAACUACCAAAAUGGCAGAAAAAAUGGAGAAACUUGUAAAUGAAAUUAAAACACUAAAUAAUGAAAAUAGUAACCUUCCUGGUGAUCUUAAUGAACAUAAUGGUAAAGAUAAAUUUGGGGAACAACAUAUGGAACAAAAGUCUGUUUCUUUAAAACUUUUAGAGAGCAAUAUUGAUGCAGGUGGUGACUAUGAACAUUUGAAACUAUCAAAUAAAGAAGUUCAAACGCAUUUUGUUGAGUUACAAGAAAAAUUUUCAUCUUUAGAAGUUGAGCACAGAAUUUUACAUGAACAGCACUGUUGCAUGAACUCCAAAUUGUCAGAACUAUGUUCUUACAUUAACACACUAAAAGCUGAAAAUUCUGUAUUGUCAAUGAAUCUUAAAAACCUACAAACUGAUUUGAUGAAGCAGUACUCACCUGGUAAUGAAGAACUUUCACUAGAAGAGGGGGGAUCUUUAUCAUCCUCUUGUAUGAAUGAAAUCCCCAAUCUUACAAGUUUUGUGGAAUCUUCUUUUUAUAAGGACUUAUUUGAAGAACCAAGAGAAACAUCUUCUUCGAACAGUUUAGAAGAGACUAUUUUAAACAGUCAGUCCAGUACAAGUACACAUGAAACCUCUCUUAGCAGCUCUGUGGUAGAAUGCAUGAAUAAGAAAAUUGCUAGAUCUGAUCCCAGUAUGAAUAUUGAAGACCUUGAAACACUUUGUGAAACUUAUCAGAUAUCACUGAAGAAUCUUGAAGAGAAAUAUCAAAGUCAAGAGAUUAUAAAAAAUAAAGAGAUUCAAGAACUUAAGCAACUCAUAGGUUCUGAAAGGAAAGAAUUACAAUCCCUUAGAGAGCAGUAUUUAGCAGAAAAUGAACAGUGGCAACAGAAACUUACAAAUGUGACUGUGGAAAUGGAGUCAAAGUUGGCAGCAGAAAAGAAACAGACCGAGUACUUGUCACUUCAACUUGAAGUAGCAAGACUUCAACUUCAGGGUCUUGAUUUAAGUUCCCGUUCUUUCCUUAUUGCUGAAAGUGAAGAUGCAAUUAACGAUGACCAAGAUAACAGUGUCUCAGAUAACUCAGAAGAACAUAGUUCAUUCACUGAUGAAAAGAUAAUUAAGAGUGACAGUCUGCACAUUUGUGAGCAAAAUGCUCAGCAAACCUUAUGUUUGGAAUCUCAGAAAAUAGCUGAAAAUGAUGGUGUCCGCUCUGCAGCAGCAUCUUCUAGGAAAGUGAACUUAGAAAGUGAAUAUAGAAAUCCAUUAGAUAAAACCCUAAAUAAUUCUGAGUGUAUUCAUGAAUUAUCAUUUUCUAAUAAUGAUACUACAGUAGCCAUGGAUUUCCUAGAGAAUCAGGUGCUCAUUCAGAAUCUACAAAUGAAGCUGAAAGAGACUUCAAAUGAAAACUUGAAGUUAAUUCGUGGCAUAGAGGAAAGUAAUAAAAAAGUUGACAGCUUGCUUAGUCAAAUCAAAGAAUUAGACUAUAAAUUGGACUUACAAAAGACUGAACUAACUCUUAAGAUAUGCAAAUGUUCAGAAUUAGAAAAAGUAAUUCAGGAACUUCAAAAAGAAAAAUCAGAUCUAAGUGACAAAUUGGAAUCCCUCUCUUUUGAUAAUCAUCAAUUACUCCAGAGAGUAACAACUUUUGAAAACUUAAAUUCUUGUUUAAGUCCAGAUAAAGUUAUAUUCACAGAUACUAUAGAUAUUGAAGAAAACAUAGCAAUGAUGAGUAAAGAUUGGAAAGAACAAUAUCUUGAAAUUGAAAAUGAAUUGAAGAAGGUAAAAUCUGAAAAGACUAACAUUGAGAAUCAUGCCAUCUCCAUUGAAGGUGACUUAGAAGAACUUCAAACAAAGAAUCUGAGUUUAGAAAAAGAUAAUGAUAACAAACAGAAAAUGGUGUCCAAUCUCAAUGAACAACUGUCUUUAGUUAUAGCUGAGAAAAACCACCUUAGUGGAGAACUUGAAAUUGUAUUAAAGGCAAAAAUGCAAAUAGAAGAAAUAUGUGAAAAAUUGAAGGAAAAAAUUGAAGUGUUAGAGUCAAAUCAAAGGGAAUCUGUGCAACAUGUAGAAAUAAUGGAGUCUGAGGUAAGAGAUAAAACACAACUUCUUCAGUCUAUGACUUGUCAUGUAAACCAACUAUUAAAAGACAAAGAAGAUCUCCAAGAGCAGCUUCAGAAUUUAGAAAAAGAUACACAGAAACUUAAUUUAACAAAAGAUAACUUGAAACAUGAAAUUGGUCAACUGACCAAUGAAAAAGAAUUUCUUAUAAGAGAAAUAGAAAAUCUGAAAUCUAAGUUGAAUGAAUCAGAAGCAGAAAAUGUAAACCUUUCUAAGGUUUUGGAGAGUUCUCUAAUUGAGAAAGGAGAGAUUGCAGCAAGAUUGAAUUCAACACAAGAAGAAGUACAUCAGCUGAGAACUGGCAUAGAAAAGCUAAAAAUCCGCAUAGAAGCUGAUGAAAAGAAAAAACACUAUGUUUUAGAAAAGCUAAAAGAAAGUGAACGUAAUGCUGACUCAUUUAAGGAUAAAAUUGAAGCACUUGAAAGAGAAUUACAGAUGUCAGAAGAAAAUCAAGAAGCAGUGAUUCUAGAUGCUGAGAAUACAAAGUCUGAAUUAGAAACACUGAAAACACAAAUGGAAGAAUUAACCAAAGGAUUAAAAUGUUCAGAAUUAGAAUCAUUUGCUUUAAGGUCACAAAAUAAUGCAGAAAUUGUUGCUUUAAGGGCAGAAAAAGAAAAUAUAUUGAAAGAGUUGCAAGAAAAGCAAGAUCAAGUAUCUCAAUUGGAACAGUUGGCUGAAAACUUGAAAUUCCUUUUUUCUUUAAGCUCAGAAGAAAACAUAAUGAAAGAAAUACAAGAAAAUAAAGGUCAGGGAUUUGAAUUAGAAAAUUUGAUUCAAACCUUAAAUUGUUUAAAAUCAGAACUUGUUGUUUUAAAGUCAGAAAAAGAAAUUGCUUUGAAAGAACUACAAGUGAAGGAAAAUCGGGUGUCUGAAUUAGAAGAGUUGGUCCAAAAUCUUAGAUAUGAAGAACCUGGAGUUGUAACUUCAAUUUCAGAAAAAGGAACUAUAUUGAAAAACCUUCAAGAUUCUCGGGAGCAAACUUCUCAAUUAGAAGAGUGGGCCAAAACUUCCAAAUGUUUAGAGUCUGAGGUUGUCACUUUAAGGUUAGAAAAAGAAAAUAUGCUGAAUGAACUACAAGAAAAGCAAAAUAGAUUAUCUGAAUUAGAGGCAUCAAAUCAAAUGCUAAAACAUUUGGAAACAGAGCUUAUUGCCUUAAACUUAGAAAAAGAAAAUUUAUCAAAAGCACUGGUACAAGAAAAACAAAGUAAAGUGGUUGAAUUUGAAGAGAGAAAUAACAAUCUGAAAUUAAUGGAAACAGAAAUUUUUGCCUUAAGGUCUGAAAAAGAAAAUAUUUUAAAAGAACUUCAUGAAAAUCAAAGUCGAGUGUCUGAGUUAGAAGAGUUAACUCAAAACUUGAAGUGUGUGGACACUUUUGCUUCUUUAAGCUUAGAAAAAGAGAUUGUGCCUAUUGAAUUACAAGAAAAUAGUGAUCACGAAUUAAAAGAUUUGGCCAGAAACCUGAAAUCUUUGGAGAUGGAGGUUAUAGCUCUAAGGGAAGAAAAAGAAAACAUGUCUAAAAACCAACAAGAAAAUCACCUGAUUGAAUUAGAGAAAUUGACCCAAACCAUAAAAUAUUUAGAAUGUGAACUUGUGGCUUUGAGGGAAGAAAAAGAAUCCAUAUCAAAUGAAGUACUAAAAGAAAAGCAAUAUCAAGUAUUUGAAUUAGAAAAGUUGACCAAUUCCCUAAAGUGUUUGGAAAUUGAGGUUGCUUCUUUAAGGUCAGAAAAAGAAAGUAUAUUGAAGGAAUUACAAAAAAAGCAGAGUGAAGUGUCUGAAUUAGAAGAAUUGACUAAAACUUUAAGAUUUGUAGAAACUGAAGUUGUUUCCUUAAGAUCAGAAAGAGACAAUGUGUUGAAAGAACUGCAAGAAAAUCAAGAUCAAAUAUAUGAAUUUAAAGGAUUGAUUGGAAGCUUAAAAUGUGUAGAAACAGAAGUUGUUGCCUUAAGAUCAGAAAAAGAAAAUAUGUUGAAAGAAUUAAAAGAAAAACAAGAUCAGCUUUGCCAGUUAGAAGAGUCGCUCAAAAUUCUAAAAUGUCUAGAAACCGAACUUGCCCUCUUAAGAUCAGAAAAAGAAAAUACACUUAGGGAAUUACAAGAAAAUCAUUAUCAAGUUUUUGAUUUAAGAGAAUUAGUCCAAAUUCUAAAAUGCUUAGAUUCAGAACUGCUCAGUACCAAGUUAGAAAAAGAAAAUGUUUUGAAAGACUUACAAGAAACAAAAGAUCGAGUGUCUGAAUUAGAAAACCUGACCAUAAACUUAAAAGAUUUAGAAACUGAAAUUGUUUCCUUAAGGUUAGAAAAAGAAAAUAGGUUAAAGGAAUUACAAGAAAAGCCAAAUCAGGUGUCUGAAUUGGAAGGGUUGACCACAAACUUAAAAGUCUUGGAAACUGAAGUUGAUUUUUUAAGUCAGAAAACAAAGAUGUCAGAAAAAGAAAGCAUGUCAAAGGAACUGAAAGAAAAACAAAGUCGCAUUUGUGAAUUAAAAGAAAUAAUUACAAAUCUAAAAUGUUUGGAGAUCGAAGUUGCUGCUUUAAGGUCAGAAAAAGAAAAUAUGUUGAAAGAUUUACAAGAAAAGCAGGAUCAAAUUUGUGAAUUAGAGGAGACCAAUGUGAAUUUAAAAUGUUUGGAAACUGAAAUAAUUUCCUUAAGAUUAGUAAAAGAAAGCAUGUUAAAGGAGUUAGAAGAAAAACAGAAUCAAAUAUCUGAAUUAGAACAGUUGACCAAAAAUCUAAAGUGUGUGGAGUCUGAAGUUGCUUCUUUAACUUCAGAAAAAGAAAAUCUGUUGAAGAAGCUGUGUGAAUUAGAAGAAUCAACUAAAAACCUCAAAUGUUUGGAAAAGGAAGUUGUUUCUUUAUCAUCAGAAAAAGAAAACAUUUUGAAAGAACUACAAGAAAAGCAGGGUCAAGUGUCUGAUUUAGAAGAUUUGACCAAAAGUCUAAGGUCUUUGGAACCUGAAAUUGCUUCUUUAAAGUCAGAAAAAGAAAGCAUGUCAAAGGAGCUGGAAGCAAAACAAAGUCACAUUUGUGAAUUAGAAGAGAUGACCAAAAACCUAAAAUGUUUGGAGAGUGAACUUGCUUCUUUCAAGUCAGAAAAAGAUAGUAUGUUGAAAGAUCUACAAGAAAAGCAGGAUCAAAUUUGUGAAUUAGAAGAGAUCAACGUGAAUCUAAAAUGUUUGGAAACUGAAAUCAUUUCCUUAAGGUUAGCAAAAGAAAGCAUGUUAAAGGAGUUGGAAGAAAAACAGAGUCAAAUAUCUGAAUUAGAACAGUUGACCAAAAAUCUAAAGUGUGUGGAGUCUGAAGUUGCUUCUUUAACUUCAGAAAAAGAAAAUCUGUUGAAGAAGCUGUGUGAAUUAGAAGAAUCAACUAAAAACCUCAAAUGUUUGGAAAAGGAAGUUGUUUCUUUAUCAUCAGAAAAAGAAAACAUUUUGAAAGAACUACAAGAAAAGCAGGGUCAAGUAUCUGAUUUAGAAGAUUUGACCAAAAGUCUAAGGUCUUUGGAACCUGAAAUUGCUUCUUUAAGGUCAGAAAAAGAAAGUAUGUCAAAGGAGCUGGAAGCAAAACAAAGUCGCGUUUGUGAAUUAGAAGAGAUGACCAAAAAUCUAAAAUGUUUGGAGAGUGAACUUGCUUCUUUCAAGUCAGAAAAAGAAAAUAUGUUGAAAGAUUUACAAGAAAAGCAGGAUCAAAUUUGUGAAUUAGAAGAGAUCAACGUGAAUCUAAAAUGUUUGGAAACUGAAAUCAUUUCCUUAAGGUUAGCAAAAGAAAGCAUGUUAAAGGAGUUAGAAGAAAAACAGAAUCAAAUAUCUGAAUUAGAACAGUUGACCAAAAAUCUAAAUUGUGUGGAGUCUGAAGUUGCUUCUUUAACUUCAGAAAAAGAAAAUCUGUUGAAGAAGCUGUGUGAAUUAGAAGAAUCAACUAAAAACCUCAAAUGUUUGGAAAAGGAAGUUGUUUCUUUAUCAUCAGAAAAAGAAAACAUUUUGAAAGAACUACAAGAAAAGCAGGGUCAAGUGUCUGAUUUAGAAGAUUUGACCAAAAGUCUAAGGUCUUUGGAACCUGAAAUUGCUUCUUUAAGGUCAGAAAAAGAAAGUAUGUCAAAGGAGCUGGAAGCAAAACAAAGUCGCAUUUGUGAAUUAGAAGAGAUGACCAAAAACCUAAAAUGUUUGGAGAGUGAACUUGCUUCUUUCAAGUCAGAAAAAGACAGUAUGUUGAAAGAUCUACAAGAAAAGCAGGAUCAAAUUUGUGAAUUAGAAGAGAUCAACGUGAAUCUAAAAUGUUUGGAAACUGAAAUCAUUUCCUUAAGGUUAGCAAAAGAAAGCAUGUUAAAGGAGUUGGAAGAAAAACAGAGUCAAAUAUCUGAAUUAGAACAGUUGACCAAAAAUCUAAAGUGUGUGGAGUCUGAAGUUGCUUCUUUAACUUCAGAAAAAGAAAAUCUGUUGAAGAAGCUGUGUGAAUUAGAAGAAUCAACUAAAAACCUCAAAUGUUUGGAAAAGGAAGUUGUUUCUUUAUCAUCAGAAAAAGAAAACAUUUUGAAAGAACUACAAGAAAAGCAGGGUCAAGUAUCUGAUUUAGAAGAUUUGACCAAAAGUCUAAGGUCUUUGGAACCUGAAAUUGCUUCUUUAAGGUCAGAAAAAGAAAGUAUGUCAAAGGAGCUGGAAGCAAAACAAAGUCGCAUUUGUGAAUUAGAAGAGAUGACCAAAAACUUAAAAUGUUUGGAGAGUGAACUUGCUUCUUUCCAGUCAGAAAAAGAUAGUAUGUUGAUAGAUCUACAAGAAAAGCAGGAUCAAAUUUGUGAAUUAGAAGAGAUCAACAUGAAUCUAAAAUGUUUGGAAACUGAAAUCAUUUCCUUAAGGUUAACAAAAGAAAGCAUGUUAAAGGAGUUGGAAGAAAAACAGAGUCAAAUAUCUGAAUUAGAACAGUUGACGAAAAAUCUAAAGUGUGUGGAGUCUGAAGUUGCUUCUUUAACUUCAGAAAAAGAAAAUCUGUUGAAGAAGCUGUGUGAAUUAGAAGAAUCAACUAAAAACCUCAAAUGUUUGGAAAAGGAAGUUGCUUCUUUAUCAUCAGAAAAAGAAAACAUUUUGAAAGAACUACAAGAAAAGCAGGGUCAAGUAUCUGAUUUAGAAGAUUUGACCAAAAGUCUAAGGUCUUUGGAACCUGAAAUUACUUCUUUAAGAUCAGAAAAGGAAAGCAUGUUAAAGGAACUGAAAGAAAAACAAAGUCGCAUUUGUGAAUUAGAAGAGAUGACCAAAAACCUAAAAUGUUUGGAGACUGAAGUUGUUUCCUUGUCGUCAGACAAAGAAAACAUUUUGAAAGAACUACAAGAAAAACAGGAUCAAAUCUCAGAACUAAAAAUGUUAAAUGUUUCAUUUGAAAGCCUACUCGAAAAAAAAGAAGAGGAAAAGAGAAAACUUAAAGAAGAAUCUAACCAUACAGUAGAGUUGCUUCAAAAACAAUUGAAUGAUGUAAACGAGAAAAUAGAGUCCUUACAUCAAGAACACAAUAUAUGUAAAGCUAAUGAACAGGAUCUAAAUUGUCAAGUGGAUUGUAUAAAAAAUGAGAAAAUUCAUUUGUUGCAGCAACUUGAAGAGAACAAAAAAAACAAUGCUUUGCUGAAAUCUUCUAUGAAUGACCUUAUUCAAGAAACAGAAAACAACAAACAAAAAUUAGAGAAGGAGACUGAAGAAAACAGAAUCCUUCAAAAACAAGUUGAAGACCUCAGAAAGCUCUCCACUAUGCUCACCCAGAUGGAGGCACAGCAGCAACUCUGGGAGAAAGAAAAAUUACAGCUGAAAAAUCUUAUAGUGGAAUUACAAGAAAAGAUUAAAGAACUGUCCAAAAAUGAAACUUUGUAUGACAGUUUAGAAGCUUUGCAAUGUUCAUAUGCAAAUCUGGAGAAGGAACUUGAAUUGACAAAGAGGGAAAACUCAUCUCUUCUUGAAAAGAUAAAUAAAAUGACACAUAAUGAAGUUCUCCUGAAGAAGGAAAUGAAUGAGAUGAUGCAAAAGAUGACAGUUUUGCAAGAAGAAUAUACUGGAGAGAAGAACAGGUUUACUGAUCAUGUAAAAAUUACAGAAGCAGAAGCAGAGAAGAAUAAAAUGCAGCUGGAUGAGCUAAUUUUGGAAAAGUGUGAACUGAAGAAGAGUUUGGAUUGUUUACAAAAAGAACUGAAGGAAAGAGAAGGAAAAUCAAGAGAUGAAAUAUCAGAUUAUCAGUGUAGGCUUGAGGAUGCCAAUAAAAAAUAUGAAGCUUUACUCAAGGAAGCAAAUAAAAAGCAUGAAAUGGAAAUUGAAGCAUAUCAGGAGAAAUUAAUUUGUAAAGAACAGGAUCUCAGCUUACACAAGUCAGAAAUGGAGAUUUUAAAGUCCAAUAAAGAAGAAUUAACUAAUUCUUUGAAAUCUACUAGUAAGAUUUUAGAAGAAUUGAAGAAAACCAAGGUGGAUAAUAUGAAAUAUGUAACUCAGUUGAAGAAGGAGAAUGAAAAUGCUAGAGGAAAAAUACAGUUGUUGAUCAAAACCUGUAAACAGCUGGAGAAUGAAAAGGAAGCAUUACAGAAAGAAAUUACUGGCUUUGAAGCUUUACAAGAGAAUCAGAAACAAAAUAAUGCCCCAGGUGUUAAUGUAGAAGAACUGAUGUCUGAGGUGAAAGAACUGAAAGAAACUAUUGAAGAAAAAAAUAAAGAGACAGAUGAAUACUUGGAUAAAUAUUGCAACCUUCUUGUUAGUUAUGAAAAGCUAGAAAAAACUAAAGAUAUGUUAGAAGCACAGGUUACUUUCCUGAGUUCUUUGCAAGGAAAAGUUAGCUCUCAGAGUUCUCCUAUGCUAAACUCGGCUGAUUCAAUACACUCUCCAAAUUAUCCUGUUCCUGAAAAGACGACAUCAGCUAGUCAAAGUAAAGUUUCAAGUAAGAGACCAAGGUCCUGUGGCAUCAAAGAAAAUGAUGGAGAAUCAAUGCCUUCUACACCAGAGACUUUUACUAAAAGAAUCAAAAAAGGAGUGACACCAAAAGGUAUCACAAGCCUCUCAAAGGCCUUGGAGAACACUGACUAUGAGCCAGAAGGACUCCCAGAAGUGGUAAAGAAAGGAUUUGCUGAUAUCCCAAAAGGAAAAACAAGCCCUUAUAUCUUUCGGAGAACAACCCUUGCAACCAGGGCCAGCCCCCGUCUUGCUGCACAGAAGCUUUCACCUCUGAAUCUACAGAAGGGACAGUCAGAAAAUCUUGCUGAGACCUCCAAACCAACAGCUGGUGGCAGUAGAUCACAAAAGGCAAAAGAUGACCAUCAGCACCAAGUGCAAUCACUUGCGACAAUCACAGAACCCACAACAAGAUCUCCUCUUUCUGAAAAUAAUCUUUCAAAAAAAACUUCUGCUGACAUCCCUAAAGAGAGUAUGAAAGCCAAGAGAGGAAAACAUUCCCCAAGCAAACACACUGUACCUGAACAAAACAAAGAAGAAAACUGUAGGGUUCAAUAAAUUUUAACAGGUUUUUGUAGUUUAUCAGUGCUAUACAAGUAAACAAACUUUUUAAUAAAGCUUUCCAUAGAGGUUUUUGUUUAGUCAGUCUUACAAUUGUUGAAUCUGUGUUUUUAUUUUUUAAAUAUGGAAAUGUUAGAACAAGAAUGAUUGUCUUGUCUUUGUAUGUCAUUCUCAUUGUUGUUCCUCCAUGUACAUAAUGUAAAUUCUGUAUAAAGUUAUGUAGAAAAAGUUGUAAAAUACUCCAACUAAAUAGGGAAUGAUGCAUUAAAUCUAUAAAACCCAUUUUAUGUUAUAUUCAUUAAAGUGACCAAUAGUAUCAUAAAAGUGUUUUUUGUUUCAGUCUAUGAUAGGAGACAUAGAUAUUUUGCGGAAGGAAUUAUAAUGAGUCAUAUAUCCAGUUGAAUAAAUAAAAAGAAAACCAUGUAUUUUAGGAGUAAAUAGAAGAUGUGUAUAGAUUGUUUAUAAUAAAACUGUCAUUUUGAAGUGUCUAUAGCUAACAUAUAUGAUUAAAAAUAAAAAAAAUUAUUACUUGUGGAAAUACAAAA